GUGGGAGAUCGUCGCCCACGCUCAUCUUUGAGCGUGAUGCCUUCCAGAAAUUCUUUGAUGACGGCAUCCUCAGCAUCGCGGCCGCCGGCAACGGCGGAGAUAGCAGCUACUUUUACCCGGCGUCCCACUCCUCGGUCAUGAGCGUCGCCGCCACCGACAUCAACAACGCGAAGGCGUGGUUUUCGCAGUACAACGACGAGAUCGACAUCGCUGCGCCAGGCGUCGACAUCAAAUCGACUGUCGGCCCCCCGAGCUACACUGGGGUCGGCCCCCCGGGCUACGGUUCGAAGAGUGGGACCUCCAUGGCCGCGCCGCACGUCUCUGGCCUGGCAAUGGUGCUCUGGAACAAGUACCCGUCCUAUACCAACGCCGACAUCCGCACGGCGCUUGAGCAAGGCGCCGAGGAUCUGGGCGAGCCGGGCAUCGACGACUACUAUGGCCAUGGCCUCGCCAACUACCAGGGAGCCGAGAUGAGGCUGUUCACGCCAUCGCCGCCGCAGACGCCGCCGCCCUCCCUGCCGCCCUCCCUGCCGGCAUGCCCGCUCGGCGACGUCUGCACCACCGGCCCGUGCUUGAUCACCGACGGCGGCUCGUGCGCCACCUCGCCCGACUUCCCGAACGACUACCCGGUCAACGAGGGCUGCACCCUCUACGGCCUGCCGCCGGUCGGGCUGGACGUGAUCGCCUUUGACGUGGAGGCGGCAACGUGGCCCUAUGACUGCCGCUACGACCACCUCGUCGUCAACGGCGUGAAGUACUGCGGCACCUCGGGCCCGGCCGGGGUCGUGCCUUCGGAUGGGACCAUGACGUGG